UACGUCCCUCAGUAUAGCUUAGGACCCAAUUAACUGCCUUUAUAUAUCUCUGCACGAUGGUUGGAAAGUCCUUCGCGGCGUUACUGCCAUUCGCAAUCAUGCUAUCGCUCGUCGAGGAUGCCUUCGCUCUGCGUCCCCCGUUCACAAAGCGAGAUACGAGCUCGACGCCCGCCCCCUCUACGCUUCCUAUGCCUCUGCAGUUUGACGGACGUGGGGGUUAUCAGGUCGCAGUGUCCCUGGUAAGUAUAGCUAUGUAAGCUC